AUGUUAAAUUUGAACCGUUUUUCAAAAGUAACUAUUUCAUGAACAUUUUCAAUUGUUUAAUUAGUUUAAAAUUUAAAGAUAAUUAUGUAAAAUUAAAAUUAUUUUUAAAAUAUUUUUAUUAGGCUUCAUUCAGUGCAAAACGUCAUUUUGGACAGUCUAUUGCACAAAAGAAAAUUAUAUGCUAUAGACUAUCUCACUCAGUUCCCUCAAAUUCUGGGUAUGUUCAAAUGAGAAUUAAAUAUUAUAUUUGCUAAUUGUUAAUCUUAUCUUAUUAAUAGAAAAUCAAAUAUUGGAAAAUAUGCAUUGGGUUCAUUAAUAUUUGGAUUCACAUCUCUUGUAGUAUAUGCAAGAUAUGAUACAAAUUUUAGAUAUUGGUUAAAAACUAAUGUUUAUGGUUCUGAUGAAAUUUUAAAAUUAAUAUUUUUUGAAGAAAAUUCUACAUCUUCAAAACAAAACAGUAACAAAUCCAAGUGUGUAUUGAAAUUAUGAAUUAAUUAUUAUAUUUUGUUAAAACAUAGGAUUAAAAGUUAAUAGUACCUAGUUAAAGAUUACCUUUACCUACUAUUAAAUUAAUGCUUUAUACUAAUAAUGCAAUAUGAAAUACUUCUUUAAUCUAAUGUUUAAAUAACUAAGGUUAAACUAUAUGUGGAAAACGUAAUUUGUUAUUGAAUAUUAGUUAUUAAUUACUAAAAAUACGAGAUAUUUAUUUUUAUUAUUUCACAAUAUUUGUAUUCAACCUCCGUCCUCUAACUUUAAAUUAUAAAAAUUUUAAAUUAUUUUAAUAUUACAUAUUUUUCUUUAUUUUACGUAUUUUUAACAUUUUACUAAUUUUUUAAUGCUUGCUUUUGUUACAUUUUUUUUGCAACCUGUUUGUUUCCUAAAUUUAUAUAACAUUGCCAUUUUAAAUAACAAUUUAUUAAAGAACAUUAAAUUAUGAAUUAUUUUUAUUUUUGUAUUGCAUCUGUUUCUAUUAUGUAUGCUAAAUAUUGCAGUAAAAAUAAUUUUGUUAGAAAAGAUUUAUUUUCUGCUUUUGGAUUAACUUGUGUUUGAUUAAUAUUAUAAAACACUAUUAAUAAUAUAUUGUAUGAAUGAUUUAUUUAUAUUUUUAGGUCGGUUCCUUUAACUAAUAUCCAUGUUGCUAAAACAACCUCUUCAAAUCUUGAAUCAAAAGAACCAAAUAGUGUGAUUGAAAAAACAAAUAAUUCCUUAGGUAAGUUGAAAUUUAAAUAAUACAAAAUAAUUUGUAUUUCUAUAUAAUAUGUAUUUAUAUUUAUAUAUAUAUAUAUAUUUAUUUUAGAUAAAACGUUAGUUGAAGAAAAAAUUGUUUUAGAAAAUAAUACUGGAAAACAACUAUCCAACAUUAGUAAAAUAGAAAGUGAAGCAGCUCAAUUAUUUGAACAUGUUUCAAAUUCUUAUUCUGAAGCAUUGGUUUCAAUAAAAAGUGAUUGCCAUAAUUAUUUAUAAUAAAUUAUUUUAAUUAAUAAGAAACUCCAAGUUAAUUAUUUUCUAUAUAUUUUUUACAUAUAUUAUGUAUCAUACUUUUUUGAUCACAUUAAAUUAUAGGUUCCCAAAAUUGUUUUCACACAUUUAUUGUAAAAAUAAUGAUGCACGCAUUUUUACAUAAUAAUUCUCUUUGACACCUAUUUACAUUUCAUGCACCCCCAAUUUUUGUUUUCAAUAACGUUAAUCCCUUGUAGGUUAGACUAGAUCAUUGGGGCUUUAUGUAUUUCUUUGGAAACAUUUACAUUAAAUCAACUACAUCAAAAUGAUUUAGAUUGAUUUUUAAUAUUUUCAUAAUACAUUUCUUUUUAAUUAGUUGGUAGACUUUUAGUGCAUACUGUAGGUAAAUUAUAUAACUUGAUAAGAUAGCUUAACUAUAACUUUUGAUACAUUAAGUAUAAAGAUUAAUAAUAGUUAAUUUUAUAUUAUAUUUUAGUAUAGUUUAUUAGUGUAUUUAAUUUUAAUCUAUAACCUGCUACCUGUUAAAAAGUAAAUUAAGUAUCAUACAAGGUGAUCAAUUCUUGAUAAGAUAAUCAUUAUCUUGGAAAAUAUGAACUUUUUUCAACAUGAGUUUUUUAGAAUAUUUAGGAGAAAAAAAGCUAUAAAAUGUUACAACCAUUAUUUCCUGACCCUUCUUUUAGAGGAUAAAACAACUACUUAUUUUUGAUUUUUAAAUGGUAACCUAUAUUAAAUUUCGAUAAAUAGAUGCAUGGGCGUAAUCUUGGGGCAUGCAAUACUAUCAUUGUGCAACACCACUAAUCGAAAAAAAAACCAUGAUUUGUUAUGCAAAACAGCAAAACUACGUCGGGUAGUAUUUUAUUUUGUGUGCAGUUUGUUAAUAUGCGACGGGCCGGGUUUCUGAAAACAGACAUUUCUUAUCAUUUUUCAUACAAGUGAUAUUGGCUGCAACUGAGUCCCAAUAAAACCUUUUACAUUCACUGCUUAUAAUUGGGAAUUGUGAUACCACAAAAUAGAUUAAUGGUGAUACUGAGUGAAUACGUAAUAGUGAAAAUUGUUACUAUUCUAUCAAUAUUCAUUGAGGAACAGAUUUAAUUGCAACUAAAAACAGCAAAAAAGCACUUAAAUCAUUAAAAAAAAGAACUUCUAAAUAUUUAAAAAAGUAAAAGUGGUAGAGUGGUUUUUGUCCCACCUUUAAUAAUUCUACUUUGGGAGAAUUUUAAAUCCCUCUUUAUUGCCUUUCAAAAAAAAUUUAAGCUAUUUUUAGGCCUUUUACAUUUUUUGCACUUUUUAUGAAUUUUAGGUGUAUUUAAAUCCGUUCUCUAAUGAUCAUAUAUAGUCUUUGUGAGCCGUUUUACUUAUAAGUGUCUAUAUUAAUAUUUAUUAUUAAAUACACUUCUGAAUUUUUUUUUUACUAAUUACUUAAUUACUUUAUUACUUAGAUAUGUAAAUGUCAAUUUUAUACCCCCUAAAUUUUGGUGAAAUUAUGCCUAUGAAUAGAUGGAGUGUUGGUGUAACUACAUUCUGAUUUUUUGAUUAUCGUUAACUUGUUAAACAAAUACUUUAAUUUUAAGUUAAGAAAAGGAAGGGAAGAAUAGUAGAGAAUUAUUCAAAUGAGGUCCUUCAAACACUUUUUGAAAAAAUUACUAAAUUACGUUGAAUUUUUUUUUUAUCACUCAAUGUAAUUCAUAAUAAACUUUGUGUUAAAUUUUUGGUAGCCCAAAACAAUUUUAAUCACAGAAAAUCAAAUAAAAAUCUUAAUAACUCGCAAAUUUCAAAUGUCUAGGAGCAAAUAACAAAAUAUUUUGAAAAUUAUACUAUAACUAUGACAGACAUACUUAGCACAAUAGGUGGACCACUGUUGUAGAUAAGAAGUUGGGAAGGUAGGAUAUAAAGAGGAAUUUAAUGUAUAUCUGUAAGUAAGGAUAAAUCAUUGUUAACGAAAAAUGAUUCUGAGUGGUGCUCGGUUAAUAAUAUUGCUUUUUCGGUAUAUAUUGAAACAGUUUGUAUGAAGCGAUAACUAUAUUUGUUCCACAUCAUUUUUUACUAAAAAUAAUUUUCAAUAUAAUUAGAUCUAAAAAUGCAUAGAAAAACAAAAAAAUAUUACAUUAAACUCACAAGGUACAUCUUAUGAACCUCUUGUUCAUUUUUCAUGCAUUUCUGUGUAAUCUAACCUUUUAAUUAUGAAAAUGAAACAAGAUGAUAAUAAGUAUAGUUUCAAUUUGUACUUACAAAUUAAUUGUUCUGAUAUAACAAGAAUAAUGUACUACAUAGCACUUUUUCAGAUUUUGUUUUUAUUGUGGAAUAAUUUGCUAUGAAGCAAUCUCAAUAUAUUUUUAGAAUUGUAAAAUUCCCAGAAUAUUUUUAUUGUACAUAAUCAUCGUGUUUUGUUGUAUAUAUUACAUUUUAGACUAAGAAAGAAUAUAGCAAAAAAUAUAAAGGUUUUAUAAAAAUGUUUAUUUUUUAUACUUAUAUAUAUAUAUGUAGUAUAAACUGUGAUAAAUGUUUGAUUUUCCAGGUGUAAUGUAAGAAAAACGGGAAAUUUAUAAAAAUAAUGCUUUUAAUAUUUUUAAUUUUGUUAUUUGUAGGAAUUCUGUUAAAAAUAUUCUUAGAGGCUUGAAAUUUAGAUACAAAACUUAUAUUUGUUCUUUCUAGACGUAAAAUGUUCAAACAUUUUAAUUUUGCGUAUUUUGUACAUAAUUUUUAUUUAGUGGGUACUCAGUGGAAAAAUUGUUAGACUAAUUGAAAAUUUAACAAGAGGUUUAUUAAAAGUUAUAUUUUGUGAUCAAUACAAAAAAAAAUGAGAAAUGUAGUAUUUUUUUUUUUUUUAAGAAUUUUUAUAUCAAAUUUGAAGAAAAUUAUUUUAGUAAAAAAUUAUGUGGAACAAAUCUCUAGUUACUAGUCUAUACAAAUUGUUUCAAUAUGUAUUUAUUUUACUAUAAUAUUACAUAUAUAUUGUUGAAAAUAAUAAUAACUGAGCUCUACUUAGAGCUGUUUUUCGUUAGCAAUGAUUUAUCUUUGCUUACAGAUAUAUAUUAAAUUCCCCUCUAUAUCCUACUUUCCCAACUUCUCAUCUAUAACAGUGGUGGUCUACCUAUCGUGUGAAGUGUGUCAGUCUUUUUUAUUUUUCUUUGGCACGGAAGAAUUUAAAAAUUGUUACGUAAUAUGAAAUAUUAUUUUUAGAUUAUUAUGAACUGGUUAAUGGAUUUGUUAACGUUGUUUCUCAUAAAACAAGUGCUCUUAACUUGGAAAACCUGAAAAAAGUCAGUAAGGAAAAAGAUGAACUCUUUCAAACCGCCAUAUUAAAUGCUCAAGAAGCUUGGUAAUUAUGUAAAAUAACUCAAAUGUUUUAUUUAUUAACAUUUUAUUAAUUUAUUAUUUUAACAGUAAGCGUUUAGAUCAACUACUAUAUACAUUGGAUGAUUCUAAUAUUGAAAUAACAAGUGAAGUAAAGGAAACGAUUAAAAAUAAUAUCAUAAAGUUGAAAAUUAAUAUUAAAACCUUGGGAAAAAAUUUUGAAACUGAAAAGGAUAAUUUAUUACUUUAUAAUAAAUAUAAUAAUCAAGUAAUCAAUAUAAGAAAGAAAUUCUCCGUGAGUAAAUCAUUUAAAGAUUUAAUACCUACAUUUCCUGUCUGAAUGCAACUAACAAGCAUACUAGCAAAAUGACUUAAUUUUGAAUUAAACUUAUAGUUUUUAAACCAUAAUGUCAACAAUAUGUAGCAUUUACUACAAUUUUAAUUUUAAGUUAAGUUAAUUUAUUAUGUUAGUUCAACUGAGAUGUUGAGAUGUGGGUAUUUCAUUCUCUUAAGGUUGAUUUUAUUCAAUAUUUAUUUUUAUAGGAUGAAUUACAAGCAUUUUUCCCACAUGUAAGACUUGAGGAUAAAGACAUGCAGUUGACAGAUGCUGAAUUUAACUCAUUUGUUGAAUACAUUACUCAAAAGUUGUUAUUUUAUCAAAACGAAUUGUUUAAACAAGAAGUAAAUAUUUAAAUCUUAAGAAUAAAUCCCAAACUCUAAUUUUAACUUCAUUUGUAUAGCUUAACCCUGUAUACAUAGUUUUAAAUUCUACUGUGGAAUUACGCGUUUAAUAGUUAUGUUUUCAACAUUAAAGAACCUUAAGAGAUUCAUAAAUAUAAUAUUGAUUCACUAAAAUAAAGUUCAUAAAAUACUGUACACACAAAACAUCUAACAAAUUAAAUUGUAAUAUUAUUUUAUUAGACUAUUGGUGAAGAACAAGUGAAUAACAUUGUUGAGUUGUUAAAAAAUGGCGAUCUCCAUGCUAAAGAUAAUAUCUUGGAAUUUAAAGUAGAAAAACAACGCAGAAAGUGUAUGGAUAACUUUAUUAAAGAAGUAUAACUAUCAAUAAUAUUGUAGCUGUCUUAUAUUAUAUUUAUAUUAUUUUUAUAGAGCUUUGGUUUAAAGGCAAGUAGCGAAACAAAAUUUAAACAAAAAUUAAGAUUACAAACUGAAGUGCAUAUGGAUCACUUAAAAGAAGCCGCUAAUUUAACUGAACAAGAAGUUGAACGCCGUGUACGUUUAGAAUAUUCUGAAAAAGCUGAAAUUGCAAAAUUAAAAUAUCAAGAACAAGUUUCAAUCAUAACUGCUGUAAUGCAUGCCAUUAAUGAUACAUUAAAAGGUACUUGAUGGUAUAAUGACUAAUAUUUUCUUCUGUUCCUUAACCUUCGUAAUACUUAUUUGGAUGUGGUCACCUUUAUCCUAACGUCUGCUAGACCUAAUAUUCCAUCUUACAUACACUGGCUUUCUUCGAGUGUCUUCAUAUAAUUUUAUAUCGCAUCCAACCACUUCUUUUUAGUCUUUUUUUAUUUUCUCUCCUCCUACGUUUAUUUUUAUUACCAUUCUCACUGCUUUUAAGUUUUCUCUUUUCAUGACAUACCCAAACUAUCUCUGUCUAUUUUCUCUCAUUUGUCUACUAUUGAAGCCACACAUGUGCUACUUCUAUUUUCUCUCAUCGCUACUCAUCCACCUAAGCAUUCUCAUUGGAAUUUUAUGUUACAUAAAAUACCUGACACUUUUUCUCAACUUUAUCCAUCACUUAAUUCUAUGUAUGUAACAUCCUGUUCUUUUACUUAUUUCCAAAAACUUCAGUUUUCAAUUCGGCCAAGCCUUGUUUCGGACUUAUAAAAUUUGACCAUAUUUUUACACUGGCUGUCGACCUGACACAAUCCUUUUGUUGCCACUUACAACAUAAGAUACCAUGGGAGUAUUUUGAUACCUAGGAUCUAUAAUGACUAAUUUAUUAAUUUAAAACUAUGGUUAAGUUAGAGUCUACCAACAUUGUUUUUGAUAAAGUGUGUAUUGUCAAAAUGUUUGCAAAAUUAAAUGUUUAUUAUAUGUUUUAUAGGUACUUUUCAAUCCUAAAAUAAAUACUAUUGUUAAAGGUAUAAUAUUUUUUAUAAGCAUAUUAAGAAAAAUGUCCAAACUUUAAUACCUGACACAAUUAAUAUUUGUUAUUUAUUAAAACCAACCAAUAUUAUAAUAAAUAUAUGGUCUUAUUAUUACCUUAAUUAAAAAUUAUUGUGACGGAUUCCCUUGCUAUUAGGAACAAUUUUCGUAAUAGUUAAUAAACAAGUAGGCUAGCCACCCACUUUACCACAGCUAAUUUAAAUAGGUGUUUAUUUUUUGAAUGAUUAAUUAUUUAAAAUACAUAUAUAUAUGAUUUUAGAACACUCAGAAAGACGAGAUAAACUCAAUGAAUCAGUUUCUUUGUGGACAGCUUGUCAAACACUGUUCGCAGCUAUUACAACAGAUCGUAAUGCAUCUAAACAUGAAUUAAAACCUUUACAAGAAUUAGUGAAUAAUAUAAAAAAAGCAGGUGGUAAGUAAAUUCUAAAUAUACUGAGAAAUUUAAUAAAACUAUGUUUUACCAAUAUUAUUUUCAUUUAGAAAAUAAUAAGACAAUUAAAGAAUUGUUGGCUACAAUACCUGAAAGAGUGUUAAUUCGAGGUGUAUAUACUGAAGAAACAUUAAAAGAUAGAUUUUUUAGUGUUGAAGAUAAAGCUUUUCACCUAGCUUUAGUACCAGAUACCAAUGUAAAAUUAUUUGAAUUAAUAACAUCUUUUGUAUUUACAAUAUUUACCCUCAAAUCAUCUAUGCUAAUACCUGAAGAAGAACUGAACAAUGCACCUAUAAAUAUUAAUGAAUUAAAUAAUAUAGAUAUUCUUCAACGUGCUCGGUACAAAUAUUUAUUUUAUUUAUCAUUAUUUACUCCUAUAAAUAUUAAAUAGUUUACACAUUUUGUAUUAUAUUUUCAUAUGGUAAUUCUCAUUUUUUUAUGUUUCAUUAUUAGAUAUUAUGUAGAACGAGAUAAUUAUUAUCAAGCCUUGCGGUACAUGAAUUUGUUGAAAGGUGGUGCUAAAAUUAUAGCAGAUGAUUGGAUGAGUGAAACCCGUGAAUAUUUAGCGACCCAACAAGCUGCCCAUACUCUUUUAGCAUAUGCUUCUGCUAGCUUAAGGUCUCAUAUAGGGGACAACAAUAAAUCUACAUAA